AUGUCCGCAAAACGGGGACGAACCUCUGUGGGCCUCCGUUUCGUCGACUGUGAAAGACGCGGGACCAGGGCCCAGCCGAUGGUGCAGGUCACUCGGCCCGAGGGAGCCGCCGUUGCCAACGAGCGGGCCCCGAGUUGCGUCGGGAACAACGGGGACGGGGCGGGGGCGGCGGCCUUCGCCGGACAGAAUUGGCUAAAAUCUUAUGGCUAUUUACUUCCCAAUGACACCCGAAUGUCUGCUCUGCACUCAGGAAAAGCUUUGCAGUCUGCAGUUGCCACUAUGCAGCAGUUUUAUGGGAUCCCAGUAACAGGAGUAUUGGAUCAGACAACAAUUGAGUGGAUGAAGAAGCCCCGGUGCGGCGUCCCGGACCACCCGCACCUGAGCCGCAGGCGGAGGAACAAGCGUUACGCCCUGACUGGUCAGAAGUGGCGGCAGAAGCAUAUCACAUACAGCAUACACAACUACACCCCAAAGGUGGGCGAGCUGGACACCCGGAAAGCCAUCCGCCGGGCUUUUGACGUGUGGCAGAAAGUGACGCCGCUCACGUUCGAAGAAGUCCCUUACCAUGAAAUCAAAAGUGACCGGAAGGAGGCGGACAUCAUGAUUUUCUUUGCCUCGGGCUUCCACGGCGACAGUUCCCCGUUUGACGGGGAAGGCGGGUUCCUGGCCCAUGCCUACUUCCCCGGCCCUGGGAUCGGCGGAGACACCCACUUUGACUCGGAUGAACCGUGGACUCUGGGAAAUGCGAAUCAUGACGGGAACGACCUGUUCCUGGUGGCUGUGCACGAGCUGGGCCACGCGCUGGGGCUGGAGCACUCCAAUGACCCCAGUGCUAUCAUGGCCCCCUUCUACCAGUACAUGGACACGCACAACUUCAAACUGCCCCAGGAUGACCUCCAAGGAAUUCAGAAGAUCUACGGGCCACCGGCGGAGCCCCUGGAGCCCACGCGACCGUUACCCACCCUCCCGGCUCGCAGGAUCCACUCCACUUCGGAGCGAAAACACGAGCGGCAGCCGAGGCCCCCCCGGCCUCCCCUGGGAGACCGGCCGUCCACCCCGGGCUCCAAGCCCAACAUCUGCGAUGGCAACUUCAACACGGUCGCCCUUCUGCGUGGGGAGAUGUUUGUAUUCAAGGAACGUUGGUUCUGGCGUCUGCGCAACAACCGGGUGCAAGAGGGCUACCCCAUGCAGAUCGAGCAGUUCUGGAAGGGCCUGUCCACACGCAUCGACGCUGCUUACGAGAGGUCUGAUGGGAAAUUUGUCUUCUUUAAAGGGGACAAAUACUGGGUCUUCAAGGAAGUGACGGCUGAGCCUGGGUACCCGCACAGCUUGGUGGAGCUGGGCAGCUGCCUGCCCCGCGAGGGCAUCGACACGGCGCUGCGCUGGGAGCCGGUGGGCAAGACCUACUUCUUCAAAGGGGACCGGUACUGGCGCUACAAUGAGGAGAAGCGGGCGACCGACCCUGGCUAUCCCAAGCCCAUCACCGUCUGGAAGGGAAUCCCCCAGGCCCCCCAGGGAGCGUUCAUCAGCAAGGAAGGCUACUACACGUAUUUUUAUAAGGGCCGAGAAUACUGGAAGUUUGAUAAUCAGAAACUGAGCGUGGAGCCCGGCUACCCGCGGUCCAUUCUCAGGGACUGGAUGGGCUGCAACCAGAAGGAGGUGGAGCGGAGGAAAGAGAGGCGCCGGCCCCACGACGACGUUGACAUCAUGGUGACCAUCAACGACGUGCCCGGGACGGUCAACGCUGUGGCCGUGGUGAUCCCCUGCACCCUGUCCCUCUGCAUCCUGGUGCUGGUCUACACCAUCUUCCAGUUCAAAAACAAGGGGGAGCAGCAAACUGUGACCUACUACAAACGCCCGGUCCAGGAGUGGGUAUGACAGGGCGGCAGGAAGCGCCCCCAGCCUCACCGCCCGGGACAGGGCUCGCGGCCAAGCGGGCCCCUGGUCUGCGCCGUGGGCUCGGGAUCGAGGAAGUCGCUCGGGUGCCGGGAGUGAGGAGUACGGCGAGACCCCCCUGGGGAGAGACCCCGGGGGGAGAGGCCCCGGGCGAGAGGCCCCCGGGGACACACCCGGAAGGGACCUGGGAGAAGCCCUGAGAGAGAGAGAGAGAGAGACCCUGGGAGAGCUCUGGGGGAGGGAUCAGGGAGAGAUCCUGGGAGAGACGUGGGGGAGGGACACGGAAGGGACCCCGGAAAGCUGUGGGGAAGGGGAGCCUCCGGCCCUGCUGUCUCUGUUUCCCAGCUCUCCUCCCAGGGGCACUAAAAGUGCCAGGGCCACGGCCCCUCCCAGGGGAAUCGUCGUCCAUCUCCCCUAGGGCCCUUAGUGUCCUCCUCCUCCUCCUCCUCCUCCUCCUCUUCCUGAUUCUCCUCCUCCUGUCAGAAACCAGCAUCGCCAACCCUCCCUGACCCGUCUCGCACCCCGCUCCUCCUGUCCCCUUCCACCUCUCCCCGCCCCACCCCACUGCUCCGUCCAGGCUCUCUCGCUGGUUGUGUGCACCCGGAAAAAGAAGCGGCCGGAGCCGUCGAAGGGACAGCUGACGGUGGACUCUUCCCGUAGGACCUCAGCGUGUUCCCAUCGUGGCGACCGGUCCGGCCGCUGGGGCCGAACACCUGCUGGUCAGAUGUUUCGUUUGCCGCCGUCGGGGCGGUCGGGGAACUCAGCGCUGCCCGUGGGGAGACCUAGAAACACGUUCCACACCGUCAACCAAACCGACCUGGGUCGGGCCCCCGAGGUUACUAGUGAUAGCCACUCUGCCCUCGCGAAGCCCCCGGGCCAGAAUGCUGGCUGACCGCAGAGACUCCAGAUCUAACUCCGCCUGUUUCAGGAGCCAGGUAACCUGUCAUGAAUAUUUAAGUGUCCCAUUACUACUAUUUUAAGUCCUGUCCGUUGGAAUUAAUAUAGGAUUUUCAAAACCUUCUCACCCCUCAGAAGAUCUGACUCAAAUCUGUGUCGGUGUGAGGACCGAAUAAGGACUGGAUCCAGCUCGCACCUGUCCACAGCGCCCAGGAUGUGAAGUUGUGUCUCAGAGCUUGUGGAGCCACAUUGGUGCCGUUUAGCGAGGGCGUGUCACAGGGGGUGGGAAAACCUGGGAAAAAGCACCGAGGCCACCAGUUCUUAGCUCCGGAGGACCGGUGAGGUUCCGUAUCACCUCCCUCCCUCCGGCCUGGCCAAGCCUCGUCCUGUCGGUCGGGCUUGGACGGGCCCCUCUUAUUGCCCUUUGGCCCGUGGAGGGACUUGCCGGGUCAGAGUCAGGGCUGGCAGCUCCUGCGCGGCAGAGCGGGUCCACGGGAGGCGUGCCCGGCCAGCCGCCUCCGGGGGCCGAUCCCACCCUGCGCUGGGCCAUACUGGGCUCUUUGCUCCGGCUGCAGCGGUCCCUGCAUGGGCAAGUGCAGCCAAUCACCAGGGAGAAGCAGAGACAGCGGGGGUGAAACGGGGAGCGCGGAGGCGGGAGGUGGGCGGUGGCUGGGGGGGCCCUCCCAGAAAGCUUUUGGAUGGGGGGGAAUCCAGAAAAUGGGUGAGCAUCAUUGAUCCACCUCGGCCGGGUUUGGCUUUCUCCUUUCUCUCCCGUUGGGGCGGAGGUGCGAGCGGUCUCCGCUGCUCUUCACGGCCGGCACCCGGCCUCGUGCAGCCUCACGCCGGAGCAUCUUGGAAGGUCGACGCUCCCCAGUCACCUGGCCUUAGCGGGGCUGCGAGGGAAGAAUCUCGGAGUCAGCCCAGGCCCCUCCUGCAGAUCACCGCAGCCAGGCCAGGUCAGGCCAGAACGGGCUCAGCCAAUUCGGGUGGGGUGGGGUGGGUGUCCAGCCUGGCUGAGGGGCUUUGGUUUCGGGGCUGGAGCAGCAGGCGUCCACGGCCUCUGUUUUGAUUUCUUCCUCUUCUCUUGUGACCCCUCACCCGCUUCCUCUGACCUCCCGGGGUCCCCUCUCAAGGUCUCCGAGGAGGGGCGCGAGCCGGCUGGUCGUUUGCCCCCGCUCUCCCCUCGCCCGGUGGUCAGCAACCCCGUUGCCCCCGCCCCGGGGGACAACAUGGCCAUUAGGUCUGGGCCUUCAGAAAACAAUGACUACGUAUCCAGGAUGUUCCUCCCCGCAGCCCACUCCGGCCAGGGCUGGGGCCAGCCCAGGAUAGGAACCGGUUGACGCCCCGGGGUCAAGCCUCGCUGGUCGGCCGGAGAUGGUUGUUCAGAACCCGGGAGCUCCACUUCCACUUUCUAAGGUGGCCUCAGGCCUCCAGGCCUGGUCCGGAGUGAGGUUUCAGGGCAUCCCCCACCGCUGGUUCGGCCCCCCACAACCCCGGCUCAGCCCCGCCCCCCAGCACGGUAGGUUGCAUUUCCAAGAAGAGAACGAGGCCAAGAUUCUCGAAAGCCGGACACAUUUGCUGGUCCGGUCAUUCCUUAUGAUCAGUUAGUGGUUCUUCCAGGCCCAGUGCAAGCGGUCAAAGCUCCUCCGCGGGUUCUUGGGGCCCGGGGUUCUCUUAGCCUGGGUUCUGGUGGCCAGAGUUCUCGUGGCUCACCCCGCCCCUUCCGCUCUGAGCUGUGCUGCCUGCUUGCUGAAGCUCACCUUGAAAGAUCCUUGUCCUCUUGUUUUGGAGAAAUUCAGAAAUGGCAGCAUCACUCCCUCAGUCCCUUUCCUCCUUUUCCUCCCCUCUUCCCUCCUUCUUCUCCUUUUCUUCUCUUCCCCUGGCCAAAGAGCCCAGAACAGGUGGCUCCCUCUUUCCUCCUUCCAGACAAUCCAGGGCGUGGGCUCUGAAGGAGAUCCCAAGCCGGGUUCCUACCCCCUUGGCCACAGUUCCUACGCCAACCAUCGUAGCAGACUUAGUGCCUCGUAGUCCUCCCCGCCUCCAGCCUCUCCCCUCUCCAGUCCAUACUUCACUCUGCCGCCCGGUUCGUUUCUCUACACCGUCGUUCUGCCCACGUCUCCCCACUCCUCAGAAACCUCUCCUCGUGGCCCAUAGGAAGCAGAACCUGACCAUCGGCUUCAGGACCUUCAAUCGUCUCUCCCCGCUUCUUACUCUCGCUCCUGCCCGCUUCA